GGCGCCGGCGGCGGGCGGGAUUCUCGCCCGGCGUCUGAAGCCUCGCUGGCUCCUGGUCGGGAGGACUCCGACGUUGGCGGGUGCGGAGUUUCACACGACCGGCCGAGCCCGCCUCUGCUGUCAACAUUUCAGAAAGCAACUUUUCUCAGUGGACCCAUUCAUCAAAUGAAAUAUGCUUGUACUGUUUUUAAAAGCUUGUUACUUCAUCAUAGGCAAGUUCACCUUCCAAAAUGAAGGUGAGGACAUUUGAGAGAGUUAUUUAAGACGUAGCUUUUUUAGAAAGUGUCCCAUCAAAUCAUUGAACUGAAGGGUAAGCAUUGAAUAGAUUAAUCCAGAACACUAUUUUUUAACAAGGAGAAUUUCAUCUUGACAGAAAACGUUUAUUCAAUAUGUCCUUUCUGAAAAAAGUGAGAGAACAGACUUAAAAGAAGGCAAGAGAUGUUGAGUAAAUAAGCAAUGUUUAUACUGUUCUUACGAAGACAACUCAGUGAUGUAAAAUCUUUUACAAGUCUCUGGUUGUGAUUCUAAAGACAAGAUUCUUGAUGGGACUGAUGAAAAGAAAUAGGACCUUUUGUGUGUUGGACCCACAGCAAUAGAAUUUGUAAUCAUCGGUAUGAGUGGCUUAGAAGGAAAACAGAAGCUUUCAUCUAAAUACAGAAGUGCAUACACUUUUUUUACUGCUGUUAUUUUGAAAAUCUCUUCAUAACCACUUAAAAAGAAUUGACACCUAUUUUUGAAGAGUAAAGAAAGGCAGAUGUCUGCAAAUAAUUCCCCUCCAUCAGCCCAGAAGUCUGCAUUACCUGCAACUGUUUCUGCUGUGCUGCCAACUCCUUCUCCGUGUUCAAGUCCUAAGACGGGACUCUCAGCCCGAUUGUCUAAUGGAAGCUUCAGUGCACCGUCACUCACCAACUCCAGAGGCUCAGUGCAUACAGUUUCAUUUCUACUGCAGAUUGGCCUCACACGGGAGAAUGUUACCAUCGAAGCCCAGGAACUGUCUUUAUCUUCUGUCAAGGAUCUCGUGUGCUCCAUUGUUUAUCAAAAGUUUCCAGAGUGUGGCUUCUUUGGCAUGUAUGAUAAAAUUCUUCUCUUUCGCCAUGACAUGAACUCAGAAAACAUACUGCAGCUGAUUACUUCAGCAGAUGAAAUACAUGAAGGAGAUCUAGUAGAAGUUGUUCUUUCGGCUUUGGCCACAGUCGAAGACUUCCAGAUACGUCCACAUACUCUCUAUGUACAUUCUUACAAAGCUCCGACUUUUUGUGAUUAUUGUGGAGAGAUGCUUUGGGGAUUGGUACGUCAGGGACUAAAAUGUGAAGGAUGUGGAUUAAAUUAUCAUAAACGAUGUGCCUUCAAGAUUCCAAAUAACUGUAGUGGAGUAAGAAAGAGACGGCUGUCUAAUGUAUCUCUGCCAGGACCUGGCCUCUCAGUUCCAAGACCUCUACAGCCUGAAUGUGUACCUCUUCUCAGUGAGGAGUCACAUGUUCACCAAGAACCAAGUAAGAGGAUUCCUUCUUGGAGUGGUCGCCCAAUCUGGAUGGAAAAGAUGGUAAUGUGCAGAGUAAAAGUUCCUCAUACAUUUGCUGUUCACUCUUACGGUCGUCCCACAAUAUGUCAGUACUGCAAGCGAUUAUUGAAAGGCCUGUUCCGUCAAGGCAUGCAGUGUAAAGAUUGCAAAUUCAACUGCCAUAAACGUUGUGCAUCAAAAGUACCACGAGACUGCCUGGGAGAGGUUACAUUCAAUGGAGAACCUUCCAGUCUAGGAACAGAUACGGAUAUACCAAUGGACAUUGAUAAUAAUGACAUGAACAGUGAUGGUAGUCGGGGCUUGGAUGACACUGAAGAGCCCUCUCCCCCAGAAGAUAAAAUGUUCUUUCUGGAUCCAUCUGAUCUUGAUGUGGAUCGAGAUGAAGAACCUGUUAAAACAAUUAGUCCAUCAACAAGCAAUAAUAUUCCGCUAAUGAGAGUUGUACAAUCCAUAAAGCACACAAAGAGGAAGAGCAGCACAAUGGUGAAGGAAGGGUGGAUGGUGCAUUAUACCAGCAAGGAUAAUCUGAGAAAAAGGCAUUAUUGGAGACUUGACAGCAAAUGUCUAACAUUAUUUCAAAAUGAAUCUGGAUCAAAAUAUUACAAGGAAAUUCCACUUUCAGAAAUUCUGCGAGUAUCUUCACCACGAGAUUUCACAAACAUUUCACAAGGCAGCAACCCACACUGUUUUGAAAUCAUCACUGAUACUAUGGUAUACUUUGUUGGAGAGAACAAUGGGGACAGCUCUCACAAUCCUGUUCUAGCUGCCACUGGAGUUGGACUUGAUAUAGCACAGAGCUGGGAGAAAGCAAUUCGCCAAGCUCUCAUGCCUGUGACCCCUCAAGCAAGUGUUUGCACUUCUCCUGGCCAAGGGAAAGAGCACAAAGAUUUGGCUACCAGUAUCUCUGUAUCCAAUUGUCAGGUCCAGGAGAAUGUGGAUAUCAGCAGUGUUUACCAGAUCUUUGCAGAUGAGGUGCUUGGCUCAGGCCAAUUUGGCAUUGUUUAUGGAGGAAAACAUAGAAAGACUGGAAGGGAUGUGGCUAUUAAAGUAAUUGAUAAAAUGAGGUUCCCCACAAAGCAGGAAAGUCAGCUUCGUAAUGAAGUAGCUAUUUUACAGAAUUUGCAUCACCCUGGGAUUGUAAACCUGGAAUGUAUGUUUGAAACCCCAGAACGAGUCUUUGUAGUCAUGGAAAAGCUGCAUGGAGAUAUGCUGGAAAUGAUUCUGUCCAGUGAGAAAAGUCGGCUUCCAGAACGUAUUACUAAAUUCAUGGUCACACAGAUACUUGUUGCUUUGAGGAAUCUACAUUUUAAGAAUAUUGUGCACUGUGAUUUAAAGCCAGAAAACGUGCUGCUUGCAUCAGCAGAGCCCUUUCCUCAGGUGAAGUUGUGUGACUUUGGAUUCGCACGCAUCAUUGGGGAGAAGUCAUUCCGGCGAUCGGUAGUGGGAACUCCAGCUUACUUAGCCCCUGAGGUUCUCAGGAGCAAAGGUUACAACCGAUCUCUAGAUAUGUGGUCAGUGGGAGUCAUCGUCUAUGUGAGCCUUAGUGGCACAUUUCCAUUCAAUGAGGAUGAAGAUAUAAAUGACCAAAUCCAAAAUGCUGCAUUUAUGUACCCACCAAAUCCAUGGAAAGAAAUUUCUAGUGAAGCGAUUGACUUGAUAAACAACCUACUUCAAGUGAAGAUGAGGAAACGUUACAGUGUUGACAAAUCUCUUAGUCAUCCUUGGCUACAGGAUUAUCAGACAUGGCUUGACCUUAGAGAAUUUGAAACUCGUAUUGGAGAACGUUACAUUACACAUGAAAGUGAUGAUGCUCGCUGGGAAAUACAUGCAUACACACAUAACCUUGCAUAUCCAAAGCACUUCAUUAUGGCACCCAAUCCAGAUGAUAUGGAAGAAGAUCCUUAAUUUUUAUCAAUGAGCUAACUUUAACAAGGAUUUCAUUUUAUGUACUGAUAUUCUGCUGCAUUAACUAUCGUCCUUUAGGUUGUCAUUCUCAGGAUGCAAAGCCAUGAGAAGAUACAGGAAUUGGUGACACCAAUACUGUAGUUCAUGAGUAGGUACAGAAAGGGAAUUGAUGUAUAAUGGACUCAAAACUGAAGUUUUUAUAAAUUUUUAUAGCAUAAGCAAAUAAACUGGUUUUGUAUUUUUCCUAUACCUUCA